UUGGAGCUGGAAGAAUGUAUGGAAAAAUUAAAGGAAGAACAAAGAGCAAGAGUAAGGGCUGAGGAAAGGAUAAUGAAGCUGGAAAUUGAAAAUGCACAAUUAAGGAAUCUGAAUAUCUCCCUGUCAGAGGUUCUUCAUGCGCAGUCAGUAACCAACAUGAUUUUAGAAGAUGAAGGUGUUCUAGGCAGCAUUGAGAACUCUUUCCAAAAGUUUCACGCUUUUUUAGACCUCCUGAAAGAUGCUGGACUAGGACAACUUGCUGUAUUAGCUGGCAUAGACCAGUCAGAUUUUGGUCUUUUGGGGCAUCCACAAAUGAAUUCUACUCUCAGUAAGCCUGCAAACAUUCUAAAGGAGAAGUCUUUUGAGGAAGAAAGGCAAGAACAUACCCAGAAUAGCAAAAACAGAGCUGGGGAUGUCCAAGUUUCUCUUCCUGGCGUGUUUCAAUCCCAGAUGGUUGUGAAUAAUGCCUCCUCUGCCCUUAGAGAAAUACAAGAACUGCAGACUGCUGGGCAGCACUACCAGCCAGGCUCAUGGAAGGAAAAUGAAGCUCAAACAAUUAACCAAAAUAAAGAGGAUAAGCCUCGAACUAGUACUCCAACGUUCUCUGAGAGGAGUCAAAAUGAACAAGCAAAAGGACAUCACUCAGUAAGGCAGUUGGUUACCAGUCUAAGCUCAUUUUCUGAUUCCAGUGUACAUAUUAAAAGUAGUGGGAGCAGAAUAUCCAAUGGUGCUUCUGGUGAAAAAAGCAAGAAUUUUUCCUCGAAGAAAUACAUCCCUAGAGCAAAUGAAACAGCAAUUCCAAUUGAUGGAGCAAGAGCAGAACAAAGUAGACUGCAGACAGUAAACUGCUCUGGAACUGAUACUGUAGGAGCUGGCUCUGAAAUACAAGGUAGUAUCCAAAGCGUUACCAGCCUUUGA